GGUAUGUAUUUGGUAUGUUAUAAUUUCGGAAGAAUAGAAUAAGAUGAUUAAAACAAUGUUUGCGUAUACCUGCAAGGUGAGACAAGCACAUGUGUUAACACUGUCAACAAUUUUGUUCAUCAAUAAGUUUUUGAAGUUCUUAUUGCAAAUUUCCAACUUUCAGUAGUAAACAAAGUUGGAUGUUGGAAAUUAUCCUAUUCAUCAACCAUACCAAACAGUAUCAGCAUUGAAAGGGUGUUUGCAGGGUUUCUUCUUCUAUAUAUGCGAAUCAAAGAAUUUAGUCGUUA